AUGUCGACCGCUGAGCACACCAAGAAGACCUACACCCUGAACACCGGGGACAAGAUCCCUGCCCUGGGUCUCGGUACCUGGCAGUCCAAGCCCAACGAGGUCCGCGAGGCCGUCAAGAACGCCCUCCUGAAGGGUUACCGUCACAUCGACACUGCCCUUGCCUAUGGCAACGAGGCUGAGGUUGGCGCUGGUAUCAAGGACUCCGGCGUUCCUCGUAGCGAGAUCUGGAUCACCACCAAGCUCGACAACCCCUGGCACCACCGCGUUAACGACGGCAUCAACUCCUCGCUGAAGGACCUCGGCGUUGACUAUGUCGACCUCUACCUUAUGCACUGGCCCAGCUCGACUGACCCCAACGACCUGAAGAAGCACCUGCCCGACUGGGACUUCAUCAAGACCUGGCAAGAACUGCAGAAGCUCCCUGCCACCGGCAAGGUCAGGAACAUCGGUGUUUCCAACUUCGGAAUCAAGAACCUUGAGAAACUUCUGAACGACCCCAGCACUAAGAUCGUCCCUGCCGUCAACCAGAUCGAGCUGCACCCCAACAACCCCUCGCCCAAGCUGGUUGCCUACAACACCUCCAAGGGCAUCCACUCCACCGGCUACUCCUGCCUAGGCUCCACCAACUCUCCCUUGUACAAGGAUCCUACCCUCUUGCAGCUGGCUGAAAAGAAGGGCCGGACUCCCCAGCAGGUCCUGCUUCUGUGGGGUUUGCAGAAGGGAUGGAGUGUCAUCCCCAAGUCCGUCAGCAAGUCUCGCAUUGAUGCCAACUUCGAGCUUGACGGUUACGAGUUGACUGCCGACGAGAUCAACCAGCUCGACAACCUGAAGGACCGCUUCAAGGUCUGCGGUGACGACUGGCUCCCCAUCAAGGUCUUCUUUGGCGAUGACGAGUAA